AUGGCAAAACAGGAUCCAAAAGAUAAAAAUUCAGAUUCUCCCAAUUUAUCAAUACCUAUAAAUAAUAAUAAUAAUGAAAAUUUAGAUAAUGAUCAAGAACUAUUAAAUAAUAAUAAUAAUAAUAAUAAUAAUAAUAAUAAUAAUAAUAAUAAUAAUAAUAAUAAUAAUAAUAAUAAUAAUAAUAAUAAUAAUUUAAUUAGUAGUAGUAGAAAACAUAAGGAUGAAGAAAGUAAUUAUGAUAGUGAUGAUGAAAAGAGUGUAUAUCAAAUUGCAAAAGAGCAUGAGGGUGAAGAUGAUGGUGAUGAUGAAUAUUUCCCAAUUCCAUUAGAUGAAUUAAUGCCAAAUCAUGAAAAUGAUGAAUUAACAAAAAAGAUUAAACAAACUAGACCAGAGGAUAAAACAGGUUUAUAUGUUUAUUGUAGAAAUGCAACAUAUACAGUAAAACAUAGAGAAAAUAAAAAAGUUAAAAUUAAAUUAAUUGAUGAUAUUUCAUUUUAUUUAAAACCAAAAGAAAUGACAUUAAUUUUGGGUACUCCUGGUUGUGGUAAAUCAACCAUUUUUCAAAUGUUAGCAGGUCAAUUAAAAGAUAAACAUUUUAAAGGUGAAUUAUUAUUUAAUGGUCAUCCAAUCAAUCAUAAAAAUCACCAUCGUGAUAUUUCAUAUGUAACUCAAGAUGAUAUUCAUGUACCGACAUUAACUGUAAAAGAAACAUUUAGAUUCGCAUUAGAUUGUUUAGGUAGAAAAGAAUUAACAAAUGAAGAAAAGAAAGAAACUGUUGAUAAUUGUAUGAAUUUAUUAGGUUUAAAAGAAUCUGAAAAUACAGUAGUUGGUGAUAAUUUCGUUAGAGGUAUAUCAGGUGGUCAAAAGAAAAGAGUUACAAUUGGUGUUGGUGUUAUUAAAGGUAGUAAUCUAUUAUUAAUGGAUGAACCAACAUCAGGUUUAGAUUCUUCAACAAGUUUCGAAAUUUUAAGUGAUGUUAAAAAGUUUGUAACAUAUGGUUAUUCACCUGCACUCAUCACUUUACUACAACCAAGUGUUCAAUUAACUUCAUUAUUUGAUAAUUUAAUGAUUUUAAAUAAAGGUAGAAUUUGUUAUUUUGGUCCAAUGAACAAAGCAUUAGGUUAUUUUAAAAAAUUAGGUUUUGCAUGUCCAUCUCAUAAUAAUCCUGCUGAAUUCUUUCAGGAAGUUGUAGAUGCACCAGAAAGAUAUUCAUUUAUUCAUCCACCAAAAUGUAAAACCAGUAAAGAUUUUGUUAGAGCCUAUAGAGAAUCAGAAUUUUAUAAAGAUUUAAUGGAAAAGAUGGAUGCAAAUAAAGAUGGUAUUGUUGAUGAUAAUAAACCAAAAGUCUUAGUGGAUAGUACAGCUAAAGAAUUAGGAAUGUAUCCACAUGGUAUUGGUUAUCAAACUAAAAUAUGUAUGAAAAGAGGUUUUACAAUGAUUAGAAGAAAUUAUUAUAAUUUUUUAACUCGUGUUGCUAAAGGAAUUUUCUUUGGAUUAUUAUUAGGUACACUCUAUUGGAGAAUUGGUCAUAAUCAAAGUGGUGGUAUGGAAAGAUUUGGUCUUUUAUUCUUUAUUAUGGUAACUAUUAUCUUUUCUUCAUUUGCCGCUGUUAAUUCAUUCUUUGGUGAAAGAAAAGUAUUUUACUCUCAAAAAGCAUUAUAUUAUUAUAAAACUGGUGCAUAUUUUAUUUCAAGUAUCAUUUGUGAUAUUCCUGCUGGUAUUUUAGAAGUUGCUUUCUUUGGUCCUAUAGUUUAUUGGUUAGCAAAUCUUAGGCCAGUUUUCAUUAGGUUUGUUUAUUUUAUGCUUUUAUUAAUUAUGACUGAUAAUUUAUCAUUAUCAUUCGCAAAAAUGUGUGCAGCAAUUUCACCAACAAUUGAAAUUGCUAAUGUUAUUGCAUCAGUAAUACUUUCAAUUUGGUUAUUAUUUUCAGGCUUCACGGCACCAAAGAAUGAUAUUGGAGGCUGGUGGAUUUGGUUAUAUUAUAUAUCACCCUAUACAUGGAUUUUCCAAGGUUUAUCAAUUAAUGAAUUUACAUAUCAAGAGUAUGGUUGCAAAACUUCUGAAUUAAUACCACCAAGAACUCCUCAAAAUCUAUUACCAUAUCCAGAAGGUUUUGGGGGUAAUCAAGUUUGUCAAUUUACAUCUGGUGAACAAAUUAUGGAUGCAUUUGGUAUUACUAAUCCAAAUUAUUUCAAAUGGGUUGUUUUUGGAAUUUUAAGUGCUUAUAUUGUAUUCUUUUAUGUGGUUUGUUUUUUUGCUUUGAAAUACUUUAAUUUCGAAGAUAAAAAAUCAAAACUAGCAGUAAAGAAAUUAAAGAAAAAGAAAAAAGUAAAAACAACGAAACAAGAUGAAGAAUCAGCUGCUAUUUCAUCUGAAGCAUUAGAAAGAAUUGAUGAUGAUAAUGAUGAUGAUGCUGAUUAUGAAACUGAAAUAAAGAAAAAGAAAUCUCAUAAGAAACAAAAAGAAGAUACUGUAAUCGAUGUAAAAUCACCAUCAAGUUUAACAACUGGUUCACCUUAUUAUAAUAUUAAUAAUAAUAAUAAUAAUUUAUCAGGAUCUGGUAAUAAUAUAAAGAAAAGAAAAGUUAAAACACCUUCAAAUUUAUCACCUUCAGUUAAUUCACCAAUUACUAUAAAUUCACCAAUGCCAACAUCUCCAAGCAAUAAUAAUAAUAAUAAUAAUUCAAAUGAAAAAUCUAAAAAUGGAAAAGAUAUUGGUUCAGAAACUGGUAGUUAUUUACAAUUUAAAAAACUUUGUUAUGCUGUUGAUGUAAAAGUUGAUGAUCCAGACAAUCCAAAGAAAAAGAAAAGUCAAAGAUUACAACUAUUAACUGAUAUUGAUGGUUAUGUUAAACCUGGUCAAAUGUUAGCAUUAAUGGGACCAUCAGGUGCAGGUAAAUCAACAUUAUUAGAUGUUUUAGCUCAAAGAAAAACUGGUGGCCAUAUCACUGGUGAAAUUUUAAUUAAUGGUAAACCACCUUCUGAAUUUACAAAUAGAAUAAGAGCAUAUGUUGAACAAAUGGAUGUUUUACCACCAACACAAACAGUUAGAGAAGCGAUUGCAUUCAGUGCAAGAUGUAGACUACCACCUGAAGUUACUAAAGAAGAAAGAGAGAGCUAUGUUGAUAAGAUCGUUGAAGUUUUAAGUUUAUCAAGUAUUAAAGAUUUAAAGAUUGGUGUACUUGGUGAUGGUUUAUCAGUAUCGCAAAGAAAAAGAGUAAAUAUUGGUGUUGAAUUAGCUUCAAAUCCAGAAAUUCUUUUCCUUGAUGAACCAACAAGUGGUUUAGACUCUGGUGACGCAUUUAAAGUAAUUGAUGUAGUUAAUAAAAUUGCCAAAGUAAUGAAUAGAACUGUAAUUUGUACAGUACAUCAACCAUCUGCUGCAAUUUUCGAAUUCUUUGACCAAUUAUUAUUACUAAAACAAGGUGGUGAAACUAUUUAUUUUGGGCCAUUGGGUAAUCAGUCAAGUGUGAUUUUAGAUUAUUGUGAUAAAUUAGGUAUGCAUAUUAAACCACAUAUUAAUCCUGCUGAUUUCGUAAUGACAUUAGCUGACCAAGGUAAAAUGGUUGAAGGUCCAAAUGGUGAACAAGUACCCCUAGAUGCAAAGAAGGCGUAUUUUGAAUCUGAUAUUUGUAAAAAAGAAUAUGAAAUUAUGGAAGGACAAUUAAUACCUGAUGACUUUGUAAUUAAAACGUAUGAUUCAAGGUUUGCUUCAUCAUGGAUGACACAAUUCCGUGCGCUUUGUAUGAGAAGUUGGUUAUCUCGGUUGAGGCGUCCAGCAAUAUUCGUUUCAAAUUGUAUACGAUCAAUUUUGUUGGCAGUCCUAUUAGGUACACUAUUUGUUCGUAUGGAUUAUGAACAAAAGGAUGCAAGAUCUCGUGUUUCAUUACUCUUCUUUUCGUUCCUUUUUGCCGGUAUGGUCGCAAUUGGUAAUAUUCCAACAACAGUAUUAGAAAGAGGUGUAUUCUAUCGUGAGGUCACUGCAGGUUUCUAUCAUUCAACGGCAUAUAUGACAUCAUAUGUAUUAACAUCAUAUCCAUUUACUUUAUCCACUGGUAUUCUUUAUAUUAUUCCAACAUUUUGGAUUGCUGGUCUGGAUUCUGGUCGACAUUCAUCUAAAUUUUGGUAUUGUCUAUUCAUUUUCAUUAUCACCUAUGUUAUGUAUGAUGCGUUUGGUUUAUGUCUGGCGGUUUGCUUACCAAAUGAAGUUAUGGCAUCAACAAUAUGUGGUAUUGGUUUAUCACUCUCAACAUUAUUUGGUGGUUUCGUCAUUGCAAGACCAAAUUAUCCAUCUGCAUAUUAUUGGUGUCAUUAUUUAGACUGGCUCAGGUAUCCUUUGGAAGCAUCUUGUACCAAUGAAUUCACAGGUUUAACAUUUGUUUGUACAAAUAAUAAAGGUGCUGUACCAAUUCCAAUCAUUGAAAAUGGUGUUCAAAUAGCGAUUAAAUAUUAUUGUCCAAUUACAAAUGGUGAUGAUUUCAUGUUAACAUAUGGUUUCCAUAAAUUCAUGAGAUAUAUUGAUAUUGCUGCUAUCUUUGGUUACAUUUUCAUUUUUGUUGGUUUAAGUUUCUGGGGUUUCAAAAAAAUUAGAUGGUUCAAUCGUUAA